AUGCGGGACAUCUUACGGAAUACAACUGUACCUGUCGUGCCAUCUGUGCCUCCCGGUACCAACCCGCCAUCUGUUACUUCGGCAGCAGGCUUGAUCUUGGCCAUCUUUACCACCUUGCCCAGCCUUCUUUUCUGGUUCAUCGCUUUCUUGACCAUCACUCUGCCGACAUGGUUGUUUACUUUUUUGUCUACAAGUCUGACUUUGACCGUCAACAUGACUACUGUCGUACUCAUUCUCAUCUUCUUCGUCUCGACCGCUAGUUGGGUCGUCCGCUAUCGCUUCCUGAAUAUGUACUCGCGACUACCUCCGGAGCCACAACGCAAAGAACCCCAGGUCGAAGUCUUUCCAGAUACUCAGGAGACAGACUCCAAGCAGGGUCUGGCCAACUAUCUCGAUGAGUUUUUGAGUGCUAUCAAGGUCUUCGGUUAUCUCGAACGUCCCGUCUUCCACGAGCUCACUCGCACUAUGCAAACAAGAAAGCUCAUUGCUGGAGAGACUAUACUACUGGAAGAGGAGAACGGCUUCUGUCUGGUCGUGGAUGGUUUGGUGCAAAUCUUCGUCAAGUCGAACAAGGACCGUGACGAGGAUCCAUCUACUGGCCGGACUAGUCCUGAAGAUACCAGCGUUGAUGACGAAGGGCACAUACACGGCAAUCAAGGAUACCAGUUGUUGACCGAAGUCAAGAACGGUGCGCCCAUGUCUUCAUUGUUUUCUAUCCUGUCUCUCUUCACAGAGGAUGUCAAACUGCGUCACGAUGAGAAGGAUGGUGAUGUAAGCUCCAGCGUACGAGAUAGUGCCCAGCCUCAGACACCGCGCUCGACUCGUCAUAGCGGUGCUGCUACUCCUCUAUCGCCGAUUGUAAGCCCCAACCUUACUGCCGCCAGUGCAGAGCCUCGUUCUAUCCUACAAGGACUUGAUGCUGCAUCCUUUGCUCAAAGUGCAGUCCCCUCGUUCUCAUUGAACGAUCCAAACGAACCAGCUCCUGAGCCAAAGUCGAGACAAGCUAGCAGCCAUGGCUCUCGCAAGCCAUCCGCAAAGCACAUAUCCGCGCAUCCUGACAUCGUCGCAAGGGCUUCGGUCGAUACCACAAUCGCUAUCAUUCCUGCGACUGCUUUUCGGCGACUUACCCGUGUCUACCCCAAAGCAACUUCGCAUAUUGUUCAAGUCAUUCUCACUCGGCUUCAGCGUGUUACAAUGGCGACAGGUCACCAGUAUCUCGGCCUUACAGGCGAAGUCCUACGUAUCGAGAGGCUUAUGGAUGGCUAUACUGCAUAUGAUCUUCCAGACUUCUUGAAAGGAGACGCCAUGGAGAGGCUGAAGAGUAAAUUUACCAAGGAAAAGGAACGCACUGGACCAGAGGAAAUUACCAAAGGUAUCGCUCUGCACAACCCGCGUGCUGGUCAAAGAAAGAAGACAGCAACCGGUCUACGAAAAGAAGCCGUUCUCCAUGCACAGGCUGCGCCUAGCAAGCGAAGUCCUGGUUCGCCUGAUCCAGAGAAGGACAGAUCUGGUAUCAGUGCUGGAGACCUGCUGACCAAUAACAACAAUGUCGCAAGACAAGGCGGACGCAGAAACAUGGUACCAUACUCGUUGCCCUUCCAGACCCCAAGACCACUCGGAAGGGAUGGCAUGAGCCCUCUGGCCAGCAAGAACUUUAAUCCUUUCGAUGCUCACAUCAAGACUCUACGCCGUCAAGACUCCAUAGACGAGGACAUGAUCUUCAGAGAAUCCAUCCUGGAUUGCAUGUAUAAGGCCAUUGGACUCACCAACGCAAAAGACGGGCUUUCGAGAACGGACUCCCUUCCACAGUCACCCAAGCUUGUGUCUUAUGAUUCCAGACGACAAAAGGCUGUCUUCAACAAUGCAUUCGGCUUCAUCGAUCCAUUUGAUCCUAAUGAUGGCGAGACUGAUUCUGUCGCAUCGACGGCCUUCAGUGCGGCCGGCAAUAUGCACAUCUUGGAAGACAUGAAAGAGGAAGUCGAGAUCGUCUUCUUUCCCAAAGGGUCUGUUCUCGUUGAGCAAGGGGAGCGUAAUCCUGGACUCUACUAUGUCAUCGAUGGUUUCCUUGACGUCAGUGUACCUCUCGAGGAGUCUGAGGCUGCAGAGUCUAAUAUUUUUGGUACCUCAGCUGGUAUCGAUUUAGACAACGAACCUCAAACGAUCAGAUCAGCGGGUGGCAGAAACAUGGGCACUGUCCGAAGACCUAGCUCGCUCAACCUCAACCCAAACCCUCCACCGAAAACACGCAAUAGGAGACAGAAGAGUCUUUUCUUGACUAAGCCUGGCGGUCUCGCUGGUUACCUUGGAACUGUCUCCUCAUAUCGCUCGUUCAUCGAUGUCACCGCUAAGACAGAUGUUUAUGUAGGUUUCCUACCAAGAGCUGCUGUAGAGAAAAUCGUGGAGAGAUUCCCGGUCGUGCUACUUACCAUAGCUAAGCGUCUUACUACUCUGCUUCCGAAGCUCAUCUUGCAUAUUGAUUUUGCUCUUGAAUGGGUACAGGUAAAUGCCGGUCAAGUCAUUUACAACCAGAAAGAGGAAAGUGAUGCGAUCUACAUCGUACUCAAUGGCAGAUUGAGAGCAAUUCAAGAAGGACCUGACGACAAGAUGAGAGUGAUUGGCGAGUACGGUCAAGGUGACAGCGUGGGAGAGCUUGAAGUUCUGACUGAAUCCACCCGACCGGGUACACUGUUGGCCAUCCGUGAUACAGAGUUGGCAAAGUUCCCCAAGUCGCUCUUCAACAGUCUUGCUCAUGAACACCCUGGCAUCACGAUGAAAAUCUCAAAAAUCAUCGCAUCUCGUAUGCGGGCACUGAUUGAGGAUCCUAACUCUGAACACGGCAAGGACACGAGCAGGAUUGCCACUCGUACUAAGGCUUCUUCGACUACGAACUUGCGCACCGUCGCAAUUCUGCCCGUCACUGCGGGUGUUCCUGUAGUCGAGUUCGGUCACCGUUUGCUCAAUGCUCUCAACCAGAUUGGUGCUACACCACAAAGAACCACUUCGCUUAAUCAGGCAGCUAUCUUGAAUCAUCUUGGUAGACACGCAUUCACCAAGAUGGGCAAGCUAAAGCUUUCUCAGUAUCUGGCUGAUCUUGAAGAGAAAUUUGCGCUGGUCCUGUAUGUCGCUGAUACGAACGUCAAGUCACCCUGGACGCAGACAUGUAUCAACCAGGCGGAUUGCAUCCUGCUUGUGGGGCUGGCAGAGGGCUCGCCAGCCAUUGGUGAAUACGAACGCUUCCUUCUCACGACGAAGACCACGGCGAGAAAGGAACUCGUCUUGUUACACGCCGAGAGGUAUUGCCAUCCUGGACUUACACGCAAAUGGCUGAGAGAUCGUUCCUGGAUCAACGGAAGUCAUCAUCAUAUUCACAUGUCUUUCCGUGACAAUGUCGAGCCUGUUCAUCCUCAACUAAGAAGGCUUAGUACGGCCAUCAAACAGCGUGUCCAGGUCAUUCAAGCCGAAAUUCAGAAGUACACUUCCAGGAAGGUACGACAAACGCCAUUGUACUCGGCCGAGACUCCGUUCAAGGGCGACUUCCAUCGCCUAGCUCGCCGUCUUCUCGGCAAGUCCGUUGGUCUUGUGCUCGGUGGUGGUGGCGCUAGAGGUAUUGCUCAUGUAGGUAUCAUCAAAGCCAUGGAAGAAGCUGGCAUCCCUAUUGAUAUCGUUGGAGGCACUUCCAUUGGUAGUUUCAUCGGUGCACUCUACGCAUGGGAUGCCGAUGUAGUCCCGAUGUAUGGUCGAGCCAAGAAGUUCUCUGGAAGAAUGGGUAGUAUGUGGCGAUUUGCUCUGGACCUGACUUACCCAUCUGCAUCUUACACAACCGGCCACGAAUUCAACCGAGGCAUCUUCAAGACAUUUGGUGACUCCCAGAUCGAAGACUUCUGGCUCGAGUACUACUGCAACACCACGAACAUCAGCAAGUCGAGAUCUGAGAUCCAUACAAGUGGCUACGCUUGGCGCUACGUUCGUGCUUCCAUGUCUCUUGCUGGUCUCCUACCCCCACUUUGCGACGAAGGCAACAUGCUGCUUGACGGUGGCUAUGUCGACAAUCUGACUGUCGCUCACAUGAAGUCGCUCGGAGCAGAUGUCAUAUUUGCUGUUGAUGUGGGAGCUCUCGACGACGAUAACCCGCAGGCCUAUGGAGAUUCGCUAUCCGGGUUCUGGGCCUCCUUCAAUCGUUGGAACCCUUUUUCCUCAUUUCCCAACCCACCCACGCUUUCCGAGAUUCAGGCUCGUCUGGCAUAUGUGUCUAGUAUUGAUGCGCUUGAGCGUGCCAAAACCACUCCUGGAUGCUUGUAUCUCCGUCCUCCAAUUGACAACUAUGGUACGCUUGAGUUUGCCAAAUUUGACGAGAUCUACCAGGUUGGCUACAAGUACGGUCAAGACUUCUUGGCCAAGUUGAGGGAAGAAGGUGUGUUGCCUGUGAUGGAGGAGACGGAGGAGAGAAAGAACUUGAGAAGAACCAUGGCACCCAGACGCGCGAGUAUCUAA